AUGGCCAAGCUCAGUUUUCUUCUCUUUUUCACUCUUUCUCUCUUAGUCCUCUCUGCUUCUGCCAGAAAUGUCGCCUCAAAAAAGCUCACAAGCUCUACCUUAGGUCUCGACAAUGGCGUCUUCAAGCCCACAAGGAACUACACCCAUGUCUGUGAUGCUUCAAGGUUUGCAGACCUUGGGCUGGACAUGAAGGACUUUGCCUUCUGCGACUCUUCUCUCUCAUAUGAGAUUAGGGUUAAGGACUUGAUUGACAGGAUGACAUUGGCGGAGAAGGUGCAGCAGAUUGGGGACACCGCUCUCGGGGUGGCGAGGAUUGGACUGCCCAAGUACGAGUGGUGGUCGGAGGCUUUGCACGGCGUGUCGAACGUUGGCCAGCAGGGGAGCGUAGCUAGCUUCUUUGAUGAUGUUGUUCCUGGAGCAACCAGCUUUCCUACUGUUAUUCUCACCACUGCUUCUUUCAAUGAAUCCAUGUGGAAAACCAUUGGCGAGGCUGUUUCAACAGAAGCAAGGGCCAUGCACAAUCUAGGGCAUGCUGGAUUAACAUAUUGGAGCCCUAAUAUCAAUGUUGUAAGAGACCCUAGAUGGGGAAGAGCCCUAGAGACACCAGGUGAAGAUCCAUAUGUUGUUGGGAGGUAUGCUGUCAACUAUGUUAGGGGCUUGCAAGAUGUUGAAGGGACUGAGAACACAACAGACUUGAACUAUAGACCUCUCAAGGUUGCUGCAUGCUGUAAGCAUUAUGCAGCCUAUGAUGUUGAUAAUUGGCUCGGAGUCGAUCGCUACCACUUUGAUUCUCGGGUGACUGAGCAAGAUAUGGUGGAAACUUUCCUAAGACCUUUUGAAAUGUGUGUGAAAGACGGAGAUGUCACUAGUGUGAUGUGCUCUUAUAACCGUGUCAAUGGCAUCCCCGCUUGUGCUGAUCCAAAGCUUCUAAAAGAUACAAUCAGAGGAGAAUGGGAUCUUCAUGGACCUUUUGAAAUGUGUGUGAAAGACGGAGAUGUCACUAGUGUGAUGUGCUCUUAUAACCGUGUCAAUGGCAUCCCCGCUUGUGCUGAUCCAAAGCUUCUAAAAGAUACAAUCAGAGGAGAAUGGGAUCUUCAUGGGUACAUAGUCUCAGACUGUGAUUCUAUUGAGGUCAUGCUUGAUAAUCAGAAAUGGCUUAAUGAUGAACCAGAAGAUGCUAGUGCAGUGGUGCGAGGGAAAGUUAGGGAGGCAGAAAUAGACAAGGCACUUAAAAACCUCUAUUUUGUACUCAUGAGGCUUGGUUUUUUCGAUGGCAGCCCUAAAUUUAGUUCUCUUGGAAGCGAAAAUGUGUGUUCUCUUGAACACAUUCGGUUAGCAACCGAGGCUGCAAGAGAAGGCAUUGUUCUCUUGAAGAAUGAUGAUGAAACUUUGCCUCUGAACCAUCACAAGUUUAAGACAGUAGCAGUGGUUGGACCUCAUGCCAAUGCCACCACCGUGAUGAUUGGAAAUUAUGCAGGUGUUCCAUGCCAAUACACAACCCCCAUUGAUGGAUUCUCUGCAUAUGGGAGGGUGAUACAUGAAAUGGGUUGUUCUGAUGUUGCAUGCAAGAAUGAUACUCUAAUUUUCCCAGCCAUGAAAGCUGCAAAGAAAGCAGAUGCUACCAUACUUGUAGUGGGCAUUGAUUUGACUGUUGAGGCUGAGAGCUUAGACAGAGUGGACCUUCUUCUACCUGGUUACCAAACACAACUCAUCAGCCAAGUUGCUGCAGCUUCCAAAGGUCCUGUGGUCCUUGUGGUCAUGUCUGCUGGUGGGGUUGAUAUUUCUUUUGCUAAGAAUGAUCCAAACAUCAAAGCUAUCCUCUGGGCUGGGUACCCUGGUGAAGAAGGUGGCAGAGCUAUUGCAGAUGUUGUUUUUGGGAGUUAUAACCCAGGUGGAAGAUUGCCUCUAACCUGGUAUGAAAGCAAUUAUGUAGAUAUGCUUCCAAUGACCUCCUUACCCCUGAGGCCAAUUGACAGCUUAUCCUACCCUGGUAGAACAUACAAAUUCUUCAAUGGCUCCACAGUUUAUCCAUUCGGGUAUGGUCUCAGCUACACAAAUUUCACCUACAAGCUCACAAGCGCACAGAGAUCACUCCACAUAGAGCUCAACAAGUUCCAACACUGCCGGGACAUCACCUACACCGAAGACGCUUUCCGGCCACCAUGCCCGGCAGUUCUCAUCGACGACCUGAGCUGCGACGAUCAUUUUGAGUUCGAGGUCGAAGUUCAGAACAUCGGAAAAAGAGAUGGCAGUGAGGUUGUCAUGGUGUACUGGACUCCUCCCGCCGGGAUCAUCGGAGCUCCAUUGAAGCAGUUGAUUGGUUUCCAAAAAGUGUUUGUCCCAGCUGGAGGGAGCGAAAAGGUUAAGUUCGACUUGAAUGCUUGCAAGAGCUUGGGAAUUGUUGACUACACGGCUUACCGUCUAUUGCCGGCCGGUGGACACUCCAUUGUGAUCGGAGAUGAUGUUGUCUCAUUUCCAGUUCAAGUUAGCUUUCAUGGUUCAGUUUAG